AUGCAUGCAGCUAUCAGAGAUUCUUUUGCCUUGGUGAAUUCAUCUCUCAGUAAAGGAAUGUCUGCUGCUAUACUAGAGGCUAUGGAUUUAGGUGUGCCAGUUAUUGUGAGGGACAUUCCAGGUAAUGCAUCUAUAUGUAAACACAACGAGACUGGUCUUUUGUACAACACUCCCGAUGACUUUGUUAUGCAGUCAAAAAGACUUCUAGGCUGCAAAACCUUACAGCGAAGCUUGACCAAAAAUGCGAAAGUGUAUAUAAGACAGGAACAUGGUGUGUUGAAGGAAAAAGAAAAUUAUACAAAAUUGAUAAAUUCAUUAUUACUGUAAGAAUGCAGCAGUGAACAUCAAGAUAUUUAAACAGUGAGUCCCAGUCAGACUAUCUCGAACAAACUCCCUAUACAUGUGGCUAAAAGAUUAAGUUCCGUCCAUAUGUGUGUGCUUAUAAAUUACCCCAGC